ACCAAAGCUCUUUAGGCUACUUUGCGCAUGUACAGCCAGUCCAAACCGAGCAUUGCAUCGACUCCAAGAUGGCGAAAACACGUCUGGCUUGCUUCCUCACUCUCCUCUCAACUCACUGCUUCUUCAGUGCGUUAGCAGUGGUACUGAAGACGGAUAAUGAGUCACCGUGGACAGAUGAGUUUGACAAAAUCGAGUUAUCGUGUUUGAUCGAGUCCAUCUCCACAGCCAACCCCAGAAUCGAAUGGAAGAAAAUAACAAACGACGGACCGAGUUAUGUGUACUUUGACAAGAAGAUCUCAGGCGACCUGGAGAACAGAGCGACGAUCAGAGAACCUGCCACGUUAUGGAUAACCAACGCCACGAGAUCGGACACGGCCAAGUAUCGGUGCGAGGUCACCGCUCCCGAUGACCAGAAGUCCUUCGACGAGAUUGUGAUCAACCUCGUCGUAAGAGUGAAGCCGGUGGUGCCAAAAUGCAGCGUCCCGAAAUCGGUGCCUUUCGGGAAGUCGGCUGAGCUGAGCUGCGUGGAGGAGGAGGGCUUCCCCAAGUCUCAGUACCAGUGGUUCAAGAACAGGGAGGAGAUCCCCGACGACCCGAAGACCAGCGUCAAGUUCUUCAACUCCUCGUACACGCUCAACGCAGAAGCGGGGACCCUGAAGUUCAUCGCGGUCAGAAAAGAAGAUGCGGGCCAGUACUUUUGUCGAGCGAAGAACGACGCAGGAUACGCAGAGUGUGCUCCUCAGGAGAUGGAAGUCUAUGACAUUGAUAUUGUGGGGAUUAUACUGGGAGUGCUGGUGGUGGUCAUAGUGCUCUUAUGUAUAACGGUGGGGAUCUGCUGCGCGUACAAACAAGGCUACUUCACGAGCCAAAAGCAGACAGGAAACAAUUACAAAGUUCCAGCUAAGGGAGACGGAGUGGACUACGUCAGGACGGAGGAUGAGGGCGAUUUCCGACACAAGUCGUCGUUUGUGAUCUGAAAAGUGGACGAGGACGAUGAGGCGCGUCGUGCUGAGCGAAAGACAUGUGGGUCCGCCCUGUCUGAACACGGAGCUGCUGCAGUUUCACGCUCUGAGCUCUCAGCACGACAGAAAUCCCAACUACUCAAGUUUGCCAAAGGUGACAGGAUCUCCCAGGACAACAAGACAAAAAAACGGGACACACACGAGGACAAGGAAUAAUUCAACAUUAUCACCCUCAACUGAGUUGUUUUGCUAAAUUAUGGGGUUCUUACUUUACAGUUAUCGCAUGGUUUUACUCACUAAUCAUGGUGAAAAAAGGAAACAUUUCUGUCCUGACAGGUAGAACGGGAGACGUCCGUCUCCUCUCCGGUCAGUCUAUCAUGACACCUUUCUACUGUAAACAUUUCGCUUCAAACCUGUUGUCAUUUGUAUAACAUUUCUUUUCUACUGUUGAAAUUUGUCAAACUAUUUUUGAUGGAAUAUAUUUUAAAAUGCCUAUAGAUAAAGGUUUACUUUUUUAAAUAUUUGUAAAAUACUAACAUGUGUUUUUCUUUUCUUUUCUUUCUUUCUUUUUUUUUUUGGUUGUGGAUGAAAACAUGUAACACUUUAACCACUUUGCAUCAAGCUGUAAGCAUUUACACCUUUGCAGUCGGAAGGAGGACGGACGAGAAAAAAAAAAAAAGGCUUGUAGUAGCAUAUCAACGCGUGCUUCUCGAUCAGCGGUCUUACAUAUUGAAUUUCUCCGCUGGGACGGCCCAGUUUCUGUUGCGAGAGACUUCCAUGUUAAUGUCUGUAGAUAGUCUUAGUAAGAGGCUUUGAAGAGUGCCAGUCAAAUGCUGUGAAACACUGUACACAAUCAGUGCUGCGUUUUCUUGAUUUUAAGUGUCCUUCCAUGCUUGCUGUUAAUCUUGUAUAUAUUGAAGUUACUUUCAGGAUAGAGUUUUGCUGUCAGACGUAUGUUCAGUAUUACGCUAUAGUAAUGAUAAUAGUAAUAAUAAUACAGGGUUUGUAAGUUAACCUUCCAGACCCAGAGGAAAACUAGAUACGGUACCGAGUUCAAACCUCCGUUUAGCGAAGUAAAAGUAAGUUAAAUAACCCGAGAAGAAAAAGGCAGAUUUCUCUGUUAAAGCCUGUAAUCAGGACUGAGUCAUUUCUGCUACAGAGUUGCCUAUUUUUAACGUCUAAUUACAGAAGGUACUAACGGUGGGAGUGAAAAUGCCCGGACACUACAGCACCACACCACACUGAUCACAAUACACAAUCUCAGAUAUGAACUCCAGUAGAUAUUUACUAAUGCCCAGUCUGGUUAAAUUUUUUUUGGCUGCUGCAUAGAGCUACCGUUUACCCGUUUCUACAUGUUUUCAUUUGAACAGGAAAAAAAAAAAAAGAGGUUUGACCGAAGCUCAUAUUGUUCUCAUUCUGACCUUACAUCAGUGUUGCAGUGAUGGACAGCCGGGGUCUGGAGGGUUAACAGUUGUACUGAUUGUAAAUAGGUAUUUGUUACUUUUUUUUUCUCUCAAGAUUAUGUAAAGUGGUGAGAAAAAAAUGUAAAGAUUUGAGGCGAUAUGAAACUCUUUCCAUUUGUUAGACUGAUUAAAAAAAAAAAAGAAAAAAAAAAGAGGUAACACUUGAUCAAACCAUUCAGAACACGUGAACAAGAGCCUCUCUGGUCCGAGGAGCCGCCGCGCUCGGCUUCUUCUCCCACCAGACGCGCGGAAAAUCCCUUGUUCAGCUGUGAUGAAUGUUUUAGAAUCAUGCGUAAAUGUUAACCGAGUCAGUCGUGGUAGAGACGACCUGCCCAACAUUUGCACAUAGGAAGCCGUCAACACGUCGAGUAAAAGGAAUCACGAGACGUCGCGUACGCGCGUAUGAGCGACUCAAGAUGCAGAGUCCGUUUUUGCAGGUGCAUAAUACGAUGACGAAGUCACGCAGCUUACAGAUCAAUACACCUCCCUCGUUAGUUCAGUUUUCAUUCCUCUUAAGUGCCUUCUGCCUUCAGAGUAGUCCAGUUUCUUCCACUUGUACCUUUCUACAACACCACCGGAGGCUUUAUAUUUUCCUUUCAUUUAACCCACGAGCACGGCGUUUGAGAGGAAUGAUGUCACGGCAAAUUUCCACUUCUCUCCUUUACAUAUCUGCAAAUUUGUAAAUAGCGUUUUCUUUUUUUUUUCAUAGAUUUGAAGGUGUAGGAAAGUUGAAGUAGAAAUAUAUUAGUGCCUAUAUAUAGUGGGACUUAUUUUUGGUAAAGACACAUAGCACUAUUAGGCAAAAAAAAAAAAAAAAAGAGAAAAAGAAAAAGAAAAAAAGACCCAUAGCAGGGAUGUUUCUAUGAGCUCUGGUUUAUAACGUGUUAUUUUUUUUUUGUUUUUUUAAUUGUUGUUGAGGUUAUAUUCAUAUCCACCACUGCUCCGAUGCUUUCAGAUAUUCUGAACACAAGUUCCAAAACAAAGACUUGAGUCUGUGCUAAGUCGUGUGUCACACGGCGUCUCCGUGCAUUUUAUAAACCAGAGUUCAUGCGAAGUGUCGGCCGCAGACGUGUGACAGGAAAUCCACGUGGAUCAAUCUGCAUGCGGACCUACAUUCACCCCAGAGGCAGUCCUGAGCAGUGUGUGUUUUUUUUUCAGAGGGUAAUAGCAAAGUAUUUACAUGAGAGUGACGAUGGUUUCCAGUGUGCGUGUCGUGUGUUAAGAAAAGCUUCGCUCUCUACUGUCUAUCAAUCAGCGACGGUAGCGCUCCACUUUGAACCUUUUGACCGAGGGUCCGGUGAUCAUGAAUAUCUGAAUGUCCAUUUGGGGCCUGCUGGGGUUGUUUUUUUUUUUUUUUUGUUCCUUUUAGAACCACUCUAUUUGUGAUUAAUAAAAACUCACUUCUAAUAUUA